ACUAACGAAGCUUAAUACUAUAAAGCCAGCUUCAUUCAUUAAUGACCGGUUAGGUUAGGGGCGACCGAACAACCGAAACACAUUCACGCGUUGUCUGGCAAGCGGAUCAGCCGCUCAGUGCGUUGUCCUCUGACAGCACCGAUAACCGGGUGAUAUAAAGUGGCGUUUUCAGUAUAUUUGGCAACUGUAGGCUGUCGUGUUGUAAGCACAAUUUAACCGAGAAUGGCGGUAGAUUUGCUCACCGCGGUGGCCAUCUGCGCCAUCAUUCUGCUAAUUUUUCACUACAUAUCGAAGAAGUACCAAUACUUCCUGUCUAAACCGAUACCGUGCAUCAAACCGGCUUUCUUUUUCGGUACUAAUGCACCCCUACUGUUUCGUAUGACGGAUAUGGUAACACAUAUCAAAAAGUUAUUCAACACGUUUCCAGACGCAAAAAUGAUUGGAUUCUACGAUUUCACCGAACCGAUAUUCAUGUUACGUGAUCCCACAGCAAUUAGAAAGAUCGGGGUGAAGGAUUUCGAUUUUUUCACUGAUCACACCCCGAUAUUCAACAGCCCUGAUGACGAAAAUAGUCUAUUCGGGAAUUCACUGUUUGCACUGCGAGGUCAAAAAUGGCGCGAUAUGAGGGCUACCCUAAGUCCGGCUUUUACCGGUAGUAAGAUGAGACAUAUGUUCGAGCUGGUGGCAGACUGCGCCCAAGCUAUGAACCAGUUCUUCGUUGCGGAGAUGAAAGUAGGAAGAGAACUGGAGUAUGAAAUGAAGGACACUUUUUCGCGGGUCGGAAACGAUGUAAUCGCUACGGUUGCAUUUGGUAUUCAGGUGAACUCCCUAAAGGAUCGUGACAACGAGUUCUACAUGAAGGGCAAAGAUAUGCUUAAUUUUCAAUCUUUCAAGGUAUUAGUGAAAUUUUUACUAACAAGAAGUGCACCAGGAUUGGCACGAAAAUUCGGCAUUGAAUUUGCUGAUAGAGAUCUAACAAAUUAUUUCAAAAGAACGAUUGUUGAUAACAUGGAACAAAGAACUACCCAUAAUAUUGUACGCAAUGACAUGAUCCACAUGCUAAUGGAAGUUCGAAAAGGUGCAUUGAAGCAUUCUAAAGAUGAGCUGGAUCAUAAAGAUGCAGGAUUUGCCACAGUUGAAGAGUCCAAUGUUGGAAGAGUAGCGCAUUCUCGGAUAUGGACGGAGAACGAGUUAAUUUCACAGUGUUUCCUAUUCUUCCUAGCAGGAUUUGAAACCGUCUCAACGUGUAUGAUGUUCACGACCUAUGAGUUGUCAAUCAAUCCAGAAGUUCAGAAUCGUCUGUAUGAAGAAAUCAAGGAGAUCGAACAAUCCCUUGAACAAAAACCUUUGAGCUAUGAAGUGUUACAGAAAAUGCCGUACAUGGAUAUGGUUGUAUCGGAAUCCCUCCGUAAGUGGCCUCCAGCGGUAGUUUCCGACCGGAUAUGCGUGAAAGAUUAUCGAUACGACGACGGAGCUGGAACAGCAUUCAUGAUCGAGAAGGGCCGAAGCAUUUGGAUACCUGCAAUCGCGAUUCACAAUGAUCCGAAAUUCUAUCCCAACCCGGAUAAGUUUGAUCCAGAGCGAUUCAGUGCGGAAAACAUAUCGAAAAUUGACGCUGCAGCCUAUCUUCCCUUCGGAGUUGGUCCACGCAACUGUAUAGGAUCCCGUUUGGCCCUGAUGGAGGUGAAACUGAUGCUGUACUACCUGCUGAAAGAUUUCCAGAUGGAGCCGGCUGAAAGAAUGGAAGUUCCGAUACGGAUUAGAAAGAAUGCAAUCACCCUUCAGGCGGAGAACGGUGUGUGGGUGAGGCUGAAGCCAAGAAAUGCCUAGUCACGGUCAAGUAUAUUUUGCACAGUACAUCAUGUUAAAGUUCAUGUGCAUACCAAGCGCAGGCAGACGAUAGAACCCUAGAAUCAUAAAACGAGAUAAAUUUCAUUCAUGUUGACGGUGUUAUCAAAAGGCUUAAAUUAUAAUUUCAAUUAUAAUCCCACGUGCAGUAAAAAUAUAUAUUAUCGUAUGAAAGUUAUAUAACUUCA